GGGAAGCGCGCGGGGGGCGCCGGGAGAGCCCGCCGGCGGAGCGGGCGGCCUCGUGCGCGGGUGACGUGACACCGGCGGGCGAGACCACUUCCGGCCGCCAUGCCCCCCCCCCGCUGCCGCCGCUGCCCCCUCCCCGCCGCCCUCCGCCGGCCCCGCACCGCCGAACCCCUUUGCCGCCGGUGCUUCCUCCUCGCCUUCGAAGACGAAGCCCACCGCGCCCUAACGGCACGAAACCCCGGCGAGACUUUAGCCGUGGCCGCGUCCGGCGGGAAAGACUCGACCGUUUUGGCGCAUCUCUUGCGACGGUUAGAACGCCGGCACGCUUACGGUUACCGCUUGGCGUUGCUUUCGGUAGACGAAGGCAUCGCCGGUUACCGGGAGGCGGCGCUGGGGGCGGUUCGGCGCGGGCGGGGCGAUUUGCCGUUACUGGUCGUCUCCCACCGGCAACUUUUCGGCUGGAGCGUGGACGAGGUGGCGGCGCGGCUGGGCGACGGCAGCCGCUGCACUUUCUGCGGCGUUUUCCGGCGGCAGGCGCUGGAGAAGGGCGCGAGGUUGCUGGGGGUCGACUGGAUCGUUACGGGUCACAACGCCGAUGACAUCGCCGAGACGGUGCUGAUGAACUUCCUGCGCGGGGACGUGGCCCGGCUCCGGCGCGCCGCCACCGAGGCCGGCGGGGCGACCCCUCCGGUUGCCCCGUGGCCGGCGGUGCCGCGUUGCAAGCCGUUGCGGCACGCCUACGAGAAGGAGAUCGUUCUCUACGCCUACUUCGAAGGGUUGGACUACGUCAGCACCGAGUGCGUCUACGCUCCCCACGCCUACCGCGGCUACGCGCGGGCCCUCCUCAAAGAUUUGGAAGCCACCCGGGCUAGUACGGUAGCCGCCUUGGGUCACUCGGGGCGACGGCUAGCGGUGGCGGCCGAGGUGGCCACCAAGACGUUGGGAGCGUGCGGGCGGUGCGGGUUCGCCGCCAGCCAACCGCUCUGCAAGGCGUGCGUUCUCUUGGCGUCUCUCGAACGCGGGCUACCGCGGUUGGGCUUGGGCAAGCGGGCGUUGGAGGUGGCCGGCGGGACCGGUGGCUACUGGGACGGGGCUGGUGGGGCCGGCGGCUACGGGGGGGGGGGGGCGUGGUGGCCGGCGUGA